CUACUCGUCGGUUUCCAUAUCCUCUUUACCAAAGAAACUCGAUUCCCAUAUUUAACCUAUCGAGAACGCUUCUUGACGAAGAUAAUCUUUUCAAAAAUUUCGGCCUCUCAGAAACACUUUUCCUUUUUGGAUUCAAGGUUAUUGUCUAUUAAUACAAUAAUCCAGUCCUCUCUCUCCUCAUCCAACGUCAACCCAACCUCUCUCUCUCUCUCUGGUUAAGUUCUCUCUUGUUACUCUCUCCAUGGCCAUACAUGAGAGCUUUAACGAAGGAGGCUUUCUGGGCUUCUUAGACGACUUAGAGUUCGAUAAAAAUAUGACCGAACAAUUGAUGGGUUCCGAUGACUUCGUCAGUUCACCGGCGAGUUUGAGUGAGUUUUCGGAGAGCCAGCUGUGCAUACCGGACGACCCAAUAGAGGAUUUGGAGUGGUUUCCAAACUUUACUAACGAACCCAUCUCUUUAAGUGGUAUUCAGACGAGCCCGGACCAUGAAAUCUUCUCAUUUAGCGGUUUUCCGAAGACCCCUGAACAAGAAACGGAAGAGAGCAAUGAGAGAGUAGUAGGUCCAAGGAAGGGCUUUGAGGGACUUCUUAGACGAGUGAUAACUAGUAAGAAGCCGAGGACGAAGCGCGUGGGGGGUCGCAGAUGGGGGUCCAUGAAGAGUCCGUCGCCGGAGAAGACGAUCGGUGUUGUUCUGGGAAGGAGGUGUACGCAUUGUCAGGUAGAUAAGACACCGCAGUGGAGAACGGGGCCAUUGGGGCCUAAGACGCUAUGUAAUGCAUGUGGUGUGAGGUUCAAGUCUGGUCGGUUGGUGCCGGAAUAUCGGCCGGCGGCGAGUCCAAGCUUCAAUGUGGAGGUGCACUCUAAUAGUCAUAAGAAGAUAAUGAAGAUGAGGGAGGUGAAAGAUUGGUAGGGGACUUAUGUAAAUGUAUUGUAAUAAAAGAAAAAAGGGCUUAUUUGAAUGUGUUUGGGUUAAGAGGGGUAGUCAGUGAAUCAUGCUGUGUAUAAAAUUUCAUUGGGUUAGAAUUUUGUCUUUAGUGCAUUUUACUGUUUACAAAAUUGGGUUGGAAUUUUUCCAUUUAUUUAUAUAUUUUUUAAUAGGUC